CCGAGAUUGAGUGCGGAAGUAGAAACUGUACUGUGCGGGUUCUGGAUUCCGUACGCCUGUGGACGGUUUACAAGAUCCUCCACCCGACACAGACAGCAAUCGAUUCAAAACAAACAUUUGUGAUUACCAGAAGUACACGAGAUGGCAGGACGAUUACCGGCGUGUGUUGUCGACUGUGGUACAGGGUAAGCUAUUCAAACUAGACCGCCGUACAGACAGAGCAUCGAUAUUUUGGGUGUCACCGACAGAGCCCAUCGCUGUCAGCAACUGGGUGUUCGUGCUAGCUAGCUUGUUAAAUAUAAUCAAUGUAACCUUUCAUGCCCAUUCAUUGCGAAACUAACGUGUUUUAAUUGUUUUGUUAGGUCGUUAUUGCACUGCUGUUUCAUAAUAAUUGACUAAAACAUGCAUUUUUGCUGUGUUGGCUAACGUUAGCUAGAUGGCUAUAACUAAGCCUGCUAUUUGCUUGACAUCAGAAUGUUCUUCUGUCGUUAAGGCUUUUUCAAUACAAAAAAUUUGACUAACUCAUUGCAGGGGUUCUAAUAUAACUGUGUUACAUUUCUGACUUACUUUGAGUGGACAGUAUAAAUGGGCUUUGCAUGUUUAUUGUAAUGUAUACGUUUGUAAUGGUAACUACUAGCUAUGCCGUUCAUAAGUAAUUUUACAGUGCUCACUUCUAGUCAUCCCUGACUUUGAGCACGCGCAGAGCCACUUCCUAUAUUGUCGACUUCCUCAUUCACGCUUUUUAGUCCAUAUAUGGUCGUUUUCGGCAUCUGAACAUGUUUUUUUGAUUAGCAAACUUCUCUAAUUUCUUCACUUUAGCCGUUGUCUGAUCCUAAACUAUCUCAAAUGAAACUACACAUUAAUAAUUUUUCAGAAUAACAAAGACUGAUUCGAUUCCAUAGAUAAGCACGGGGAUUUUCACAUUGGAUUGAUUUGCAUUGAUUGUGCAUACUUCUGAUUUAUGCCCAUCCUUUUUUUAUGAUCUGUAAAUAUUUUUGGAUGCCAAUAUAUUGAUUGCACGUCCCAAUAUCUAUUCAAAGCCAGUGAAUUAAAAACAGUUGGGCCUAGGCUAAUCUGUCAUUAUUGAACUGUGCAAUACACAACAACAUUCUAGUUAACUUGUUUUAGCAAAUCAUCACUUUGGUGAAUCUUAUUCAGUAACACAAUAAUGUUUUUGUGCAUUCCUCAGUCUUUGAAUAAUUAUUGCUAGUGCAAUUCUCUGUAUCUGUUACUUUUAUUCAUUGAUAGGCCUACUUAUUGUCUAUCAAUGUAUAUGAUUUAAUCUGAGGAGCAAUAUCUAAUGUGUGCAUUUGGAAUAGCCUUGACCUAGACGUAGAUUAUUUGAAAUGACAGGGAUUUAGGUUUAAGACUAUAGUUGGGGUUAUUGCCUAACUAAGAUGCAGCUGUGCUGCAGCGUUUGCAUGUAAAGACUUGAACUCGUCACUCCGUAUGUUGCCCUGCAUACCUCUCCACUUAGCUUCCCCCCUCUCUUUGGGCUAUUAGUUAGGCUAGUGCAUCUGGUCCUCGCUGGGGAAGAGGACAGGAAACUACAGCUGAGGAUGGAGAAUGAGGCUAACUCCUUUGUGGAGCAGAUGUUUGAAAAUGCUGAGAAGGCCAAGAUGCUGAAGUACGAGACCAGCAGAAGUUGAGUCAAGUACACCACCACACAGCUCAUGAGUCACACUCAGACAGCCAAAAUGUGUGAACUGAACUCAACAUCCGUUUACCUCAAGCACAAGUGGGACGCUAUUCUUAGAACUCAACAGUGAAAUGGAACAGCAGAGUUAUCGUAGGGCUAGUUUGUCCACUCCUUUUUAACAGUUGUGUUCGGAGUGAUGUGAAACCUAAUUAACUAAUUUCUACCAGCAUGUUAAAUGUACAACCAGAGGGGAAAAAAAACUCUAGACCACCUUUACGCCACCCAAGAGACACGUACAAAGCUCUCCCUCGCACCCAUAAUUCUAUCCUCCUGAUUCCUGCUUACAAGCAAAAACUAAAGCAGGAAUCACCAGUGACUUGGUCAAUAAAGAAGUGGUCACAUGACGCAGAUGCUAAGCUACAAGACUGUUUUGCUAGCACAGACUUGAAUAUGUUCCGGGUUUCUUCCGAUGGCAUUGAGGAGUACACCAGAUCAGUCACUGGCUUCAUCAAUAAGUGCAUUGAUGACGUCGUCCCCACAGUGACCAUACGUACAUACCCCAACCAGAAGCCUUGGAUUACAGGCAACAUCUGCACUGAGCUAAAGGGUAGAGCGGCCGCUUUCAAGGAGCGGGACUCUAACCCAGACGCUUAUAAGAAAUCCCGCUAUGCCCUCCAACGAACCAUCAAACAGGCAAAGAGUCAAUACAGGACAAAGAUUGAAUCGUACUACACCGGCUCUGACGCUCGUUGGAUGUGGCAGGGCUUGCAAACUAUUACAGACUACAAAGGGAAGCACAGCCACGAGGUGCCAAGUGACACGAUCCUACCAAACGAGCUAAAUUACUUCUAUGCUCGCUCCGAGGCAAGCAACACUGAAGCAUGCAUGAGAGUAUCAGCUGUUCCGGACGACUGUGUGAUCACACACUCCAUAACCGAUGUGAGUAAGACCUUUAAACAGGUCAACAUUCACAAGGCCGGAUUACCGGAACGCGUACUCCGAGCAUGCACUGACCAACUGGCAAGUGUCUUCACUGACAUUUUCAACCUGUCCCUGACUGAGUCUGUAAUACCAACAUGUUUCAAGCAGACCACCGUAGUCCCUGUGCCCAAGAACACCAAGGUAACAUGCCUAAAUGACUACCGACCCGUAGCACUCACGUCUGUAGCCAUGAAGUGCUUUGAAAGGCUGGUCAUGGCUCACAUCAACCCAAGACCCACUAUACCGCCCCAACAGAUCCACAGAUGAUGCAAUCUCUAUUGCACUCCACACUGCCCUUUCCCACCUGGACAAAAGGAACACCUACGUGAGAAUGCUAUUCAUUGACUACAGCUCAGCGUUCAACACCAUAGUGCCCUCAAAGCUCAUCACUAAGCUAAGGAUCCUGGGACUAAACAUCUCCCUCUGCAACUGGAUCCUGGACUUCCUGAUGGGCCGCCCACAGGUGGUAAGGGUAGGUAAUAACACAUCUGCCACGCUGACCCUCAACACGGGGGCCCCUCAGGGGAGCGUGCUCAGUGCACUCCUGUACUCCCUGUUCACCCAUGACUGCAUGGCCAGGCACGACUCCAACCCCAUCAUUAAGUUUGCCGACGACACAACAGUGGUAGGCCUGAUCACCCACAACGAUGAGACAGGCUAUAGGGAGGAGGUCAGAGACCUGGCCGUGUGGUGCCAGGAUAACAACCUCUUCCUCAAUGUGAUCAAGACAAAGGAGAUGAUUGUGGACUACAGGAAAAGGAGGACCGAGCACGCCCCCAUUCUCAUCGACGGGGCUGUAGUGGAUUAGGUUGAGAGCUUCAAGUUCCUUGGAGUCCACAUCACCAACAAACUAUCAUGGUCCAAACACACCAAGACAUUCGUGAAGAGGGCACGACAAAGCCUAUUCCCCCUCAGGAGACUGAAAAUAUUUGGCAUGGGUCCUCAGAUCCUCAAAACAUUCUACAGCUGCACCAUCGAGAGCAUCCUGACUGGUUGCAUCACUGCCUGGUAUGGCAACUGCUUGGCCUCCGACCGCAAGGCACUACAGAGGGUAGUGUGUAUGGCCCAGUACAUCACUGGGGCCAAGCUUCCUGGCAUCUAGUACAUCUAUACCAGGCGGUGUCAGAGGAAGGCCCUAAAAAUUGUCAGGCUCUCUGCUACCGCACGGCAAGCGGUACCGGAGCGCCAAGUCUAGGUCCAAAAGCCUUCUUAACAGCUUCUACCCCCAAGUCAUAAGAAUCCUGAACAGCUAAUCAAAUGGCUUCCUGGACUAUUUGCAUUGCUAUGCUGUAAUAAAGGCUUUACAAUAGUUUUUUGUUAGACCAGACUGGUAUUACUUAAUUAAUUUAGUGUUGUUUUCACUGUUCCAAACAGGCAGAAAAAUAAUAUUAUAAUCUAACAGCAUCUGCACGCAGCUCUCGCUCCUAGAACGUCCUUUUUCUUGAUCUCCUUCUUAUUGUUCUUAUUACAAUUAUUAUUAUGAUCAUCAUUAUAAUAAUAUGUAAUGUCGUUAUCAUUAGUAGGCUUUGUAUAGUAGCCUUGUAUAACCACCAUUGAGCUGUAGGCCUAAGAGCGCAUCCUGUUUAGUCUUAAUACCGUAAGUUACUUAGGCCUAUAUUUCAAUAUAUAGGCUACUGUAUCAAUCAUUCAUUUGUUCAUGCCAUCACACAUCACAUUCAUGCUUUGAAAUGCAAUCAAGCAUUUUUGUUUUAAAAUUAAAUAACGAAGGGAACUUUUGAAUAAAUAAACCGCAAUUCACGAAUGCAUACAACUGUUUUAAGUAUGCUGUAUUAAAGGCUUUAUAUUUUUAGUUUUUUCGUUAGAACAGAGUCUCUGGUACACUUAUUUAUUUAGUGUUUACACUGUUCCAAAUGGUCAGAAAAAAGAAAAAUAUUGUAAUCUAACAGCAACUGCUUGGCACACAUAAUACUCACGCAAGGCUUGCUCCUAUACCCUCCUUUUUAUUGAUCUCCAGUAGUUCCCACAACUAAGUUAAAUGUCUUCCGCAGAUGACUUCCCCUUUCCCUCCUGAGUAACCAGGAAACAUUUGACCAUUUCGAGUUAAUUUUUUACGUCCGCCGCAUCCAUUUUGCUGUCAGAUAACCAAUUUAUUGAUGUGAUUAUGAUAGGCUAUAGGUCAAGCCCUAUUGGUCACAUGCAUGCUCUGCUUACAUGUUUUACGUAAAGAGAGCAAGGGUUGAGGGAAUAGGCUAUGUUUUUCCAAAACAAAUUAGGGAUUUCGUUAACGGAACUUUUCAGUCAGAAACAAGUAAGAAACUAAAUGGCUUAAAUGAUGUUGCAGCAUCAGCACUGACAGCGCAAUAAACACUUGCUGUGCUGUGCUGCCUUUGCGCUACAGUAGGGAGGAGAGCGAGACAACGUGUGCCAGUCAUACAGGCACUCGCUGUCAUUUUUUUAAACAUAAUGUGAACAUCGGGCUCUUUCUUGAGUCAUUUGUGUGUUUUUAUUAUUUAAUCAAACAGUGUGCUUAAAGCAUCAAACAAGCUCAGUACGUACAGUGAGGGAAAAAGGUAUUUGAUCCCCUGCUGAUUUUGUACGUUUGCCCACUAACAAAGAAAUGAUCAGUCUAUAAUUUUAAUGGUAGGUUUAUUUGAACAGUGAGAGACAGAAUAACAACAACAAAAUCCAGAAAAACGCAUGUCAAAAAUCUUAUAAAUUGAUUUGCAUUUUAAUGAGGGAAAUAAGUAUUUGACCCCCUCUCAAUCAGAAAGUUUUCUGGCUCCCAGGUGUCUUUUAUACAGGUAACGAGCUGAGAUUAGGAGCACACUCUUAAAGGGAAUGCUCCUAAUCUCACCUUGUUAUCUGUAUAAAAGACACCUGUCCACAGAAGCAAUCAAUCAAUCAGAUUGGAAACUCUCCACCAUGACCAAGACUAAAGAGCUCUCCAAGGAUGUCAGGGACAAGAUUGUAGACCUACACAAGGCUGGAAUGGGCUACAAGACCAUCGCCAAGCAGCUUGGUGAGAAGAUGACAACAGUUGGUGCGAUUAUUCGCAAAUGGAAGAAACACAAAAGACCUGUCAAUGCCCCUCGGCCUGGGGCUCCAUGCAAGAUCUCACCUCGUGGAGUUGCAAUGAUCAUGAGAACGGUGAGGAAUCAGCCCAGAACUACACAGGAGGAUCUUGUCAAUGAUCUCAUGGCAGCUGGGACCAUAGUCACCAAGAAAACAAUUGGUAACACACUACGCCGUGAAGGACUGAAAUCCUGCAGCGCCCGCAAGGUCCCCCUGCUCAAGAAAGCACAUAUACAGGGCCGUCUGAAGUUUGCCACUGAACAUCUGAAUGAUUCAGAGGAGAACUAGGUGAAAGUGUUGUGGUCAGAUGAGACCAAAAUGGAGCUCUUUGGCAUCAACUCAACUCGCCGUGUUUGGAGGAGGAGGAAUGCUGCCUAUGACCCCAAGAACACCAUCCCCACCGUCAAACAUGGAGAUGGAAACAUUAUGCUUUGGGGGUGUUUUUCUGCUAAGGGGACAGGACUACUUCACCGCAUCAAAGGGACGAUGGACGGGGCCAUGUACCGUCAAAUCUUGGGUGAGAACCUAAGAUUAUUAGAUUAGUAUUCCAGCAUGACAAUGACCCAAAACACACGGCCAAGGCAACAAAGGAGUGGCUCAAGAAGAAGCACAUUAAGGUCCUGGAGUGGCCUAGCCAGUCUCCAGACCUUAAACCCAUAGAAAAUCUGUGGAGGGAGCUGAAGGUUCGAGUUGCCAAACGUCAGCCUCGAAACCUUAAUGACUUGGAGAAGAUCUGCAAAGAGGAGUGGGACAAAAUCCCUCCUGAGAUGUGUGCAAACCUGGUGGCCAACUACAAGAAACGUCUGACCUCUGUGAUUGCCAACAAGGGUUUUGCCACCAAGUACUAAGUCAUGUUUUGCAGAGGUGUCAAAUACUUAUUUCCCUCAUUAAAAUGCAAAUCAAUUUAUAACAUUUCUGACAUGCGUUUUUCUGGAUGUUUUUGUUGUUAUUCUGACUCGCACUGUUCAAAUAAAUCUACCAUUAAAAUUAUAGACUGAUCAUGUCUUUGUCAGUGGGCAAACGUACAAAAUCAGCAGGGGAUCAAAUACUUUUUUUCCUCACUGUAUGUAGUUGAUUUUAUUCAUACACAUAGGGUGUGUCUGUCUAUAUAUGAAAAAUUAAGUUUAAACAUUUCGACCAAUCGAUUGGUCGAAAGAACAGUACGACUGUCGGUCGACCAAUAUAAUUUUUUUGUCGGGUACAGCCCUACUAUAUCCUUAGCUAGUAUGUGUAUCAACUACGAUAUAUCCUUAUUUUUGGGUCAUGCACUUUAGAGACUGCUACUGCCUCCUCCUAAGUACAUGAACUGAAAGACUGCACUGUUAUGACUAGGAGUUACUAGCCUACUGUAGUCUUUGAUGCCCACAGUGCUUUGGCACUCUUCAACAGUGUCAUCUAUCAGUCCCACGGGCCCUGUCCAGGAAACGAUGGGAGAACAGAGCCACAGCCGCCCACAUCUGGCUAGCAUGUGCCUAUCAAAAUGCCACUACACAAAGGAUUAUAGAAAGGCCCAUGACAUUUACUAGUAUUUAAGUCUUUGAUGUAGUAUUUAAGCUAGGUUAUGCUCCAAGGGUUAUGUCUAUACGUGAGAAAUUGUUUUGACCACAAGAAAAGACCAUUAGAUAGGUUUCCAGGUAUGUGUGGAAAGUCUGUGCCAUGCUAGCCUAAUUGCCCACCCCAAGUUUUCACAGAGAUUUCUGCCGACUUCCAACUUUCAAAGACUAAUAUCCCCAUUUUUAAUGAUUUUGAAAGUUUCUGUCAUUGUUUGGGCUGAGCACUCUAGGCUUCAUUAUCGCUCUGCGGAAGGCUUUAGCCUACUGCAAGUGAACUUCAAAUGCAACACUGCUGGCACUCAGACCAGUUGUAGGAUGAUGCUAUGCUAAGAUUUAUACAUGUGUUGGAUUUUGGGAAAUGUAUGAAUAGCCCCUUAGAUUCCAAAUGCCCUUUUACACUCUUCCUAUUGAAGGGUAGGCUAUUCAGAGUCGAGCUACAGUUGUUGGCUCUGAUCCAUGGAAGAACAGGGGUUGUAUUGAUCAAAAUCACAGAAGCUAACCAAAAUAUAGUCUAGGCAUCUUUACAAACUGGCACCAAUACAAAAUAAAUGUGCACAGAGAGCAUGUCUUAAGUCUACCAUGGCUGUUAAAUCUAAUGGUGUACCUACCUUCUCUCUUCCAGAUACACUAAGCUGGGGUAUGCAGGGAACACAGAGCCACAGUUCAUUGUUCCAUCAUGUGAGUAUAUCUGUCCAGACGAUGCGCCUCAUAAAGGGUAGGCCUACCUGUUGAUUUUUUUAAAUGUUGUGCUGCCUAGACCAAAGUCAAUAUAAAGGUGGUCAAGCAGAGAGCUAACAUGGUUUCAAAGAGGAACCCUUUGGGGCCAUGCUUUGGGAAUACAAGGCAGGAUAGUGAACAGUGAGGGCAUAGUUCACUCUUGCACUUGGUGUUUGACUGAAUUAGUGUCUUAUUUAGAGAACACACGGUAUCCCUAACAAAGAUCUUUCAUCAAACACAGCCUUAGUCUAAUCGAUUCUCUCUCUGGCUCUCUCUCUCUUUUUCUCUCUCUCUCUUUUUCCCUCUCGCGCGCUCUUGCUCUCUCUCCCUCCCAGGUAUUGCAAUCAAAGAGUCGGCCAAGGUUGGAUCAAGGACGGUCAAGGGGGUGGACGACCUGGACUUCUUCAUCGGAGACGAGGGGAUAGACAAGCCCAAUUACGCCACAAAGGUACACAACCUGUUGACUUGAAAAGGCUACAGGACCAACCAAUACAGUAUAUCAAAACUCACAUAAACCACAAACAAACCUACCCAAUGCCAAACAUGACAGCAAAACAUGACAGCCUGGAAGAGUAAUUUUUAUGUGACUAAUACAAUGCACAAACCCACCAAUUGGAAGUUGUCAUGUGGCCUACACGUUGUGUCAUGUGGCCUACACGUUGUGGUGAUAACUCGCGUACUGUGCAUUUCAAACAUUCCCAUUCCAAGGCAAUACGGAAACCAGUAUACUUCACCAGAGAGGCAUCUGUCAACAGCCAUGUACUAAAUAUGUAGGCUUACUAAAUGUAUGUUAUUGUAUACUGAACAAUAAAAAUAUAACGCAACAAUUUCAAAGAUUUUACUGAGUUAAAGUUCAUGUAAGUUACAGUCAAUUGAAAUAAAUUCAUUAGGCCCUAAUCUAUGGAUUUCACAUGACUGGGAAUACAGAUAUGCAACUGUUGGUCACAGAUACUUUUUUUUUUAAGUAGGGGCGCGAAUCAGAAAAUCAGUCCGUAUCUGGUGUGACUACCAUUUGCAACAUGCAGCAUGACACAUCACAUUUGCAUAGAGUUGAUCAGGCUGUUGAUUGUGGCCUGUGGAAUGUUGUCCCACUCCUAUUCAAUGGCUGUGCGAAGUUGCUGGAUAUUGGUGGAAACAUGUUUGGUGAGUAUGCAGGCCAUGGAAGAACUGGGACAUUUUCAGCUAUCAGGAAUUUUGUACAGAUCGUUGCGACAUGGGGCCAUGCAUUAUCAUGCUGAAACAUGAGGUGAUGGAGGCGGAUGAAUGGCAUGACAAUGGGCCUCAGGAUCUCGUCACGGUAUCUCUGUGCAUUCAAAUUGCCAUAGAUAAAAUGCACUUGUGUUCGUUGUCCGUAGCUUAUGCCUCCCCAUAGUAUAACCCCACCGCCACCAUGGGGCACUCUGUUCACAUCAGCAAACCGCAUGCCCACACGAUGCCAGACACGUGGUCUGCGGUUCUGAGGCCGGUUGGACGUACUGCCAAAUUCUCUAAAACAACGUUGGAGGUGGCUUAUGGUAGAGAAAUGAACAUGACAUUUCAGGUGGAUGGAUUAUGACCUGUCAGGUGGAUGGAUUAUCUUGGCAAAUGAGAAAUGCUCACUAAAAGGGAUGUAAACAAAUUUGUGCACAACAUUUGAGAGAAAUAAGCUUUUUGUGCGUAUGGAACAUUUCUGAGAUCUUUUAUUUCAGCUCAUGAAACAUGGGACCAACACAACUACAUGUUGCUUUUAUAUUUUUGUUCAGUGUACUUGGUGUGUCACUAGGUCAUGUCCUAAAUGUAAGUUGGUGUACUUGAAGUGUCAUUCAACCAUGCACUAAGGUGUAUGUUGGUGUACUUAGUGUCACUUAGUCAUUUACUAGCCUUUAUGUUUGCCAGUGUGACUGACCUUUGACCUCUCGCCCACCAGUGGCCCAUCCGUCACGGCAUCGUGGAGGACUGGGACCUAAUGGAGAGGUUCAUGGAGCAGGUCAUCUUCAAGUACCUGAGGGCAGAGCCUGAGGACCACUACUUCCUGUUGGUAAGAGGCCCAUGGGCCAAAUGGGAAAUGUAUGGAAUAGGAAGAAACCAUGUCGAUGGAUAGAGAGCACACUUGGCACAAAGAGGGUAGGCUCUCUUUCCAACUUCAUGGGAGAAACAAAAACCAGCUGUACUGUGAAACUCAAGGGCCUGAGUUGUGCACCUCUGGAUUAAAAAGUGAUGUCAUAAAUGUCAAGACACUUGAGGAAGUACGACUAUAUCGGCACUGUGAGCCAAGUGAAAUGGAACAGCUAGUGAAGGUAACUGAAACGAAAUGGUUAAAACAGUCGGCCAAAAUCUUUACAUUACAUUUUUACAUUUUAGUCAUUUAACAGACGCUCUUAUCCAGAGCAACUUACAGUUAGUGAGUGCAUACAUAUUAUUUUUUUCAUAAUGAGCUUUAUCUAAUUCUCUGUGAAAUGGGUAGCAUUAAAGCCAGUGUUUGUGAUCCAUUAACACAAAGUUGACUUUCUUAAAUAGGAUGGGAUUUUUUUUGUUUUGAAAUAGGAUAUUUUAACUUAACCCUAUCUUAACUUUUACCUGUAAUUGAGGUGACGGUCAUGGAAUUUCGGAUGACGGUUAUUUACCAGCCAAAUGACCGUGGUCACCGUAAUACCUGUUUCAAUUGCACAAACAUUGUCUCCUCUGCUCCUGACUAUGUGCUGCCAUAUAAAUGGAAUGAAUAGAACGGGCGUCCUCAUUCAAGUCAAUGAUGGCAUAAUGGGUGGACUUCUGCAUCACCGAUGCGCGCGCAUAAUUUGUGACAUUGUCAACCAACCCGUCUAUAGGAGCAAAGCAGGAAGUGUACCCAUCAAUAUGUGCUAUGAUUUGUUGAUUCAACUUACAUGAGCCACAUCAGUUAACAUCAUUUGAAUGAACUUUCUACAUUACCAUGGAAAUUAUUGCAUCACAAUACCAGGCAGCCGUUGUGAGUGUACCCAUGAGUUUACCAGUGAAAUUGCCAGGGUUUCCAAGCAUAUCCUAUUCAUUCUAUUUCUGUGUCCUGCUGCCUAGGCAACUGAAGAUUUGUUUGCUACAAGACCUUGCUUGUUUCAGCAAGGAGCAACAAAGUUUCAUUACGUUGUUAAGAGUCCAUGUUACCGCUGAAACGGACUCUACCGCAUGAAUGCCCGGCCGUCCGGUCUUCAAUCAGCUGUUCGUUCCACACACAAAAAUAAAAUAAUGAAAUGGUCAUAACCAUCGGUUAUACAGUAAUUGUGCCAGCCCUAAUUGAGUGUCCACGUGGUUGUUAAUAAACCUGAUUAGAGUGUGUCUGUGUGUGGGAGUCUUAACUCCCACUACUGUGUUGUCCUCUUGCAGACAGAGCCUCCUCUGAACACACCAGAGAAUAGAGAGUACACAGCAGAGAUCAUGUUUGAGUCCUUCAACGUCCCAGGGCUCUACAUCGCAGUGCAGGUAAAGCUUCAUCAUCUCUGGGAACACAAUUUCAUCUAGCUCACACACACACAGCCGAUAUGCUGUUAAACUGUAUAAAACACAGACUCCAUAACUGCCUCUGCCCGCUGCUGUUUAAUGCUGUGGUAAAGGAUGUCGUCAAUGACAUCGCAGAGUUGUUUUACAAUGGUGUCACGUUGAUGUUGUUUUCUCUAUCCCCAAGGCUGUCCUGGCACUGGCGGCCUCCUGGACAUCCAGACAGGUAGGGGAGAGGACACUGACGGGGACGGUCAUCGACAGUGGAGACGGAGUCACCCACGUUAUCCCUGUGGUGAGUGACACAUCAGCUGACCUAAGGACAGCCUUCUCACACUUGACAGAAAAUACAGAUCUAUUACACACAGAGUAUACAAUCUGAACUGAUUUGUGUGUUCUAUUACAAAGUGUUUUGAUACUGUGUGCCAUACUGAACACAACCCUGGUCGUAGUGAAAGGCUCCUUUGGCCAGACCUCUAAUCGUUCAUGUUGAGGUUCAAUACUUUUCAGUGGCUUCAUUUGCUUGUCUCCUUUCGCAUUUUCUGAACUGAUCUUAAAAAAGACUGGAUUGGUAAAAGCCAGAGAAAAGAUUCCUAUUGUGGGUAUGUUUUCUCUUGUCCAUUUAUUUUCAAUCAGUGCAGAUGAUGGAGAGGAAAGUAUGAAAGUAGGCCACUGUAUACUUUUGACACACAGACUUAGGUCAAGGAGGAAUUGCCUGGCAAGAACACAAGUUGUGCAAUGAUCAUUUCUCAAAUCAAAUUUUAUAUGUUACAUGCGCCGAAUACAACAGGUGUAGACCUUGCAAUGAUAUGCUUUUUUACAAGCCCUUAACCAACAAUGCAGUUUAAAGAAAAAUAAGUGUUGAGUAAAAAAUAGAUAAGUAAAAAAAUAGCAAUAAAAUAACAGUAGUGAGGCUAUAUACAGGGGGUACCGGUCAAUGUUAGUCGAGGUAAUUGAGGUAAUAUGUACAUGAACGUAGAGGUAAAGUGACUAUGCAUACAUAAUAAAGAGAGAUUGGCAGCAGCGUAAAAGAGGGGGUGGGUGGGGGGGAGGGACAAUGCAAAUAGUCCGGGUAGCCAUUUGAUUAACUGUUCAGGAGUCUUAUGGAUUGGGGGUAGAAGCUGUUAAGAAGCCUUUUGGACCUAGACUUGGUGCUCCGGUACCGCUUGCCGUGCGGUAGCAGAGAGAACAGUCUAUGGCUAUAAUUUUUAGGGCCUUCUUCUGACACCGACUGGUAUAGAGGUCCUGCAUUUUGGUUUUAAACUGCCCUGCAUGAUGUACAAGCCACUGCUUAACAUACAGAAAAUCAGCCAAACAUUAAACUGAAGGAGAAUUCAGGAUGUGAGCAUGUACACUACCAGUCAAAAGUUUGGACACACCUACUCAUUCAAGGGCUUUCUUUAUUUUUGCUAUUUUCUACAUUGUAGAAUAAUAGUGAAGACAUCAAAACUAUGAAAUAACACACAUGGAAUCAUGCAGUAACCAAAAAAGUGUUAAACAAAUCAAAAUAUAUUUUAUAUUUGAGAUUAUUCAAAGUAGCCACCCUCUGCCUUGAUUACAGCUUUGCACACAUUGAGUAGGUGGGUCCAAACUUUUGACUGGUACUGUACAUGAAAGAAAUAUAUGCCUAUUCAGGGUCAUUCAAGUUUGGUAAAAGUAUAGUCAGUUAUACAGUAUAUUCCCUGAUACCUUUUUCACACUACUGAGCCAAAUUGAGCCAAGACAAAUUAAGCUGUACUGGGCUGGCCUUGUUACACAUCCUCCAUAUUUGCUGGAAACCAUGCUGUAAAGGACAAUGUGAAAAGAAAAUAUCCAAGCAGUAAGGUUUAGUUCGGCACAAUAGUGUAAAUCAGGCAUUAGAGUAAUUUAAAUAUAUGCAUCUACUUUGACCUAUUUAUUCUUAUAUGCUGUGAACAUUGUGAACUCUGACUCAUCUGUAUUUGUGUUGCUAUAGGCUGAGGGCUACGUCAUCGGCAGCUGUAUAAAGCACAUUCCCAUCGCGGGUCGUGACAUCACCUACUUCACCCAGCAGCUUCUGAGGGAGCGGGAGGUGGGCAUCCCCCCAGAGCAGUCCCUGGAGACAGCCAAGGCAGUCAAGGUAGGUCGCAGCGAACUACAUUUCCCAUCAUCCACCACUCCACUCCUAUUACUAACCACUGUAUUGGUUCAUAGUAUAGUCAAGGAGCCAAUCCUAGACCAAAUUCUCAUCCCUAACUGAAUCCCUGGUUCUCUGAGGCAAGUUUUUCCAGAAUGUUGAAUUCAAAUUGAAAUGAUCCUGUGUUGUCUUAGGGCAUUUUCACACAGGAAUUACGUACCCUGUUGCAGUUCCCUAGGCCAACAAAAUACUAUAUGUUUCGCUUUCACAAGAACAGUUUCGGGGUGCGAUUUACAACACAUUCUACAUGGCAUUAGCAUACUAGCUUGGCUUGAUUACAACAAGUAGAAAGUUCCAUGUAAGUCACACUUCUGCAUCACAAUACCUGUCACUCUGGUCCUGGACCGACCACUCUGGCAGAAGUCUCACUGUUUUGUCUUUCUCCAUCAAUUAGUCUACUACUCCCAUUAUUGGUUUUCAAAUCAUGUAGAGGGCUUGGGCUGAUGCAAAAUAGCAACCAAAGCCCAUGUAAGUCAGUUUAUAACAUUCCAUCAUUGGUUACUCAGGGCCUAUGAUGCCAACUUUGGAAAAGUAAUUCCAAUUUCUACUCUUUCCUCUAUUACUAAUAGGGAUAUACCUAAUGGGGCAGUUCCAUGCAAUUUUUUAGCCAUACUAGGGCUGGGCGAUAUGGCAAAAAUAUAAUAUCACGGUAUUUAAAAAAUAAUAAUUGGAUGGUAUUUGACGGUAUCUUAUGUUUUUGAAUAAUAAAAGUUCAACAUUUGCUUUAUGAGUAGUGUGUGAACCUAGGGUGGCAACGCAUACAUUCUAAAUGAUUUCAAUGGGUCUUUCUCCAUUCUGAUUGUUCAAUUCAACUUCAACCCAAAAUAAUUUAAAGCACUUUCUGCAUUUCAGCACUCAUUUGAGAUCAUUUCUACACUGCCACGUAGGGCUGCAGGAUAUGGGCAAACAAUCUAGGCCUUAUUUUUAACCAAAUGUUGCAAUUGCAAUUUGACUUGCAAUUGAGAGCAAAACACUUGUGUGAACUGUUUCAAUCAUGGAAAUAAAAUGAUUAUUCUAAUUCUAUAGUUAUUAUAUACAGUGGGGAGAACAAGUAUUUGAUACACUGCCGAUUUUGCAGGUUUUCCUACUUACAAAGCAUGUAGAGGUCUGUAAUUUUUAUCAUAGGUACACUUCAACUGUGAGAAACGGAAAAUCCAGAAAAUCACAUUGUAUGAUUUUUAAGUAAUUAAUUUGCAUUUUAUUGCAUGACGUAAGUAUUUGAUACAUCAGAAAAGCAGAACUUAAUAUUUGGUACAGAAACCUUUGUUUGCAUUUACAGAGAUCAUACGUUUCCUGUAGGUCUUGACCAGGUUUGCACACACUGCAGCAGGGAUUUUGUCCCACUCCUCCAUACAGACCUUCUCCAGAUCCUUCAAGUUUCGGGGCUGUCGCUGGGCAAUACGGACUUUCAGCUCCCUCCAAAGAUUUUCUAUUGGGUUCAGGUCUGGAGACUGGCUAGGCCACUCCAGGACCUUGAGAUGCUUCUUACGGAGCCACUCCUUAGUUGCCCUGGCUGUGUGUUUUGGGUCGUUGUCAUGCUGGAAGACCCAGCCACGACCCAUCUUCAAUGCUCUUACUGAGGGAAGGAGGUUGUUGGGCAAGAUCUCGCGAAACAUGGCCCCAUCCAUCCUCCCCUCAAUACGGUGCAGUCGUCCUGUCCCCUUUGCAGAAAAGCAUCCCCAAAGAAUGAUGUUUCCACCUCCAUGCUUCACGGUUGGGAUGGUGUUCUUGGGGUUGUACUCAUCCUUCUUCUUCCUCCAAACACGGCGAGUGGAGUUUAGACCAAAAAGCUCUAUUUUUGUCUCAUCAGACCACGUGACCUUCUCCCAUUCCUCCUCUGGAUCAUCCAGAUGGUCAUUGGCAAACUUCAGACGGGCCUGGACAUGCGCUGGCUUGAGCAGGGGGACCUUGCGUGCGCUGCAGGAUUUUUAAUCCAUGACGGCGUAGUGUGUUACUAAUGGUUUUCUUUGAGACUGUGGUCCCAGCUCUCUUCAGGUCAUUGACCAGGUCCUGCCGUGUAGUUCUGGGCUGAUCCCUCACCUUCCUCAUGAUAAUUGAUGCCCCACGAGGUGAGAUCUUGCAUGGAGCCCCAGACCGAGUGUGAUUGACCGUCAUCUUGAACUUCUUCCAUUUUCUAAUAAUUGCUCCAACAGUUGUUGCCUUCUCACCAAGCUGCUUGUCUAUUGUCCUAUGCCAUACCAACUAUGUCAAUAUCAACUAUCAGACAGGGCCUGCAACCGCCUAUUGAAGGUAGCUUGUUUGAGUUGGAGACUCUGUGUGACUUUAAAAAUCGUAAAGGACUUGGGUUGAUGCAUCUGAACAUUAGGAGCUUACUUCCUAAACUGGAUUACAUCAAGUUCUGGGCUAUGCAGACGAAUCUGGACAUUCUGGUAUUGACUGAAACUUGAAUCUCUGGGGACAUUCUGGAACCUGAUAUUAAUAUUGAGGGUUAUAAUGUGUUCAGAGCUGAUAAACAGGGUGGAGGUGGUGGUGUGGCCAUUCUUAUUAAAAAUAAAUUAUCUGUUCCUUUUUUAAAAUCCAUUUUCCUUGCCAAAAAAUUUGAACUACCAUCUUUAAGCCUUUGUUUGGGGAAAAAUGUAUCCAUAACUGUCAUAGGGUUCUACCGUCCUCUCUCGGCUAACCUUUGUGCACUCGAGGAGUUAACUAGUUUGUCUUAUUUUACUAAAUCAGAAGUUAUUAUCCUGGGUGACUUAAAUUAUUAUUGGGACAUGUGUAAAAGACAUGUGUAAUGAUGAAAACCUAACCCAGCUGGUGACUAAGCUUACAUGGCCCAACCCUAAAUAUUCUUCAAAGUCAACUCUGAUUGAUCUUAUUUUAACGAAUACACCAGAGAAAUAUGUUUCUACAGGUGUCUUCACCCAAGAUAUUAGUGACCAUUGCCCCAUUGUUUGUGUUUGAGAUGUGUGAAUACAAAAAUGUAAGCCUCGUGUCAUCACAAAGAGAAACUUAAAAAACUUCAGUUAACAGGCUUUUUACAUGGUCUUUAUUUUAGAGCCCUUGAUUGUAUUUUAGCUAUCCCUGAACCUGAUUUAGCUUUCAACCUUUUUGCAUAUGUCUUUAGUACUGUUGUGGAUAAUCAUGCUCCCUUCAAAGAAUUAAGGAUUAAAGAUGAAUUGAAUGCCUGGUACACUCCGGAAUUAUCAGAAGUCAUUCAUAAAAGAGAUGAUGGUUGGGUCAAGGCCAGGAACACAGGCUUAGGCCCCAACUGGCAAGCUUUUAAGCAACUGAGGAAUCAUUGUUUAAGACAAAUUACUAAGGCUAAAACCUAUUUCGGUUUGUAAUGGGAACACGGCAAAAUUCUGGAAAACGGUCCCUGAAGGGUUCUACUUCCUCCUCUCUGCCACAACAAAUUAAUUCAGACACAGGCCUCAUUACAACAACAAAAAAGCCAUAAUUGAUGCAUUUAAUCACCAUUUAUUUAUUUAUGAUAUUGGGCUGUAUGCUGAUAGGAGGGAUUUCCUGAAUGAUCAGAGAAAUGAUAGUCAAAGCUUUUCUUUUAGGCUAUUUACAGAAAAAUAAGUCCUGGAUGCUUUGCUAGCAAUAGACAACAAGAAAUCCACAGGGGCCGACCAAUUGGAUCCCGGUCUGCUUACGUGUGCAGCUCCCAUAAUGUUUCUCUCAAUAACCCAAAUGUUUUAUUUAACAUUGUUUUAUUUAACAUAUUCUAAAAGUAUGGAAAUCAGCUGUUGUGCUGCCACUUCAUAAGGGCGGGGAUAGUAGUGAUCUUAAUAAUUAUAGCCCCAUUUCAAGUCUUCCUUGUCUAGCUAAGAUUCGUGAAUCCUUGGUAAAUGUACAACUUUGCUAUUUUUUCUGAGAAAUAUAUUUUGAAUGUAAACCAAUCAGGCCUGGGUAUAGCACUAUUACAGCAACCACUUUAGUUGUUAAUGAUCUUGGCAAUGCCUUAGACACUACAAUUAAAUGUGGUGCUUUAUUUGUGGACCUGUCAAAAGCUUUUGAUACUGUUGAUCAUGCUAUUUUAUUGAAUAAGUUGUCCUCGAUAGGCCUGAGCUCUGACGCCUGUUCAUGGUUUCAUGAUUACCUUAGUGACAGAACUCAGGCCAUUGUGAUUGAUGGGGUUAAGUCCGAAUUUCUUGAAGUACAUAAAGGUGUUCCGCAGGGGUCGAUACUAGGACCUGUUCUUUUCACUAUUUAUAAUCAAUCUGUUAAAAAUGAUAGAUUUAGUCUAUAUGCAGAUGAUCCUAUUAUGUACACAAUUGCCCCGACUGUUGACCUGACUGUGACAAGGCUACAGUCUGAUUUUGCAGUUGUGCAGGAACCCCUUACUGAUUUUAAAAAUCGUACUUAAUAGAGUACCACAGUACGAGUCAUAAUACCCAUAAAACCUAGCAGUCAAACUAGGAAAUGGUUCCAAUCUUUUUCCACCAUUCAUUUUAUUGAGAAAAGUCACCUUGUCCGAGAGAUUUACAUGGUCAUCAAAACUUCACGCCAGGGUAAGUCUGCACGAAACACAGCCCUUAUUUUAAGUGUUUCUAAAAUUCCCUAUGGGAAAAAUGAAUGGUGGAAAAACUAUUGGAACCACUUCCUUGUUUGAUUAUGGGUAUUAUGACACCUCCACUGUGGGGCUCUAUACGGGCGAAAUGAAAUACAUGUUGUUUUCAAGUUCUCGUAAGAUUGUCUCAGAUAGAUUACAUCAUUACUCCUCGGAUGGUGCUAUAAUCGAACGAGUCCAUACCUACAAAUACCUUGGCAUUUGGAUUGACAAUGAUUUAUCGUUUAUAAAAUGUACAACUGAGCUUGUAUGAUCUCGUCUCUCUCCAGUCAGCAGGAAGCAGAUUGUGCAGUCAACCUUUCUACCUGUUGUUGAUUAUGGUGAUACUAUUUAUCAAAGUGCAGCUACCUCUACUCUUGGAGGAAUUGGUGCCUCUAGGUCAUUUCACACAGUUGUUAGGUGACCUUUCUACUGAAGAAUGUGUCUUUUUUAUGAUUGUGUUUUGCUUUUUGUGUAUUGUUGUGUAUAAUAACUUGUAUUUUAUUGUUUAUAUGAAUGUGUAGUUUAAUGUGUUUUUUUGUAUUUUUAUGUGUAUUGUGGUGCUAUACAGGGCUGAUCUGGAAAAGAGACCUUGGUCUCAGCAUUGACUCCCUGUCAAAAUAAAGGUUAAAUAAAUUGUCCAGCACUUUUUAUUCAGUGACUGAAUGAAGGUAUGCACCCCAAUAGCAAUCCUCUAUCAGCCACCAGCCACUACUCACACAGUUAAGAUUUGGUCACUGUUUGCUGUGAAAGUUGGGAAGUUGACUGAGUAUAUGAACAGUGCUAGCACACCUCAGAAUGUUUGAUGAAAUGUAAAUUAAGAAAUUACUAAACCAAGAUGUCUAAAAGAGGAUGUGAAAUUCUCACCUUGUCUGUAGUGUGUUGACUUGAACACUAGGUGGCACCCUUAUUCCACCGGAAAUUUUCAUACCUCCUUAACGCAAAGAACAACAUCACUUGAUAUUCAAACUGGUCUUUUGUGAAGACGUUUGAAACGUGGGAUACAUAGACGCGGUUCUGAUUUUGAUUGUUUGUUCCAUUUACAAUUCAAGAUGGACAGCUUGACUCCCCUGGUGUUUCCUAGGGUGUGUUGUUUACAUUAAACCCAUGCUUGUAAUUGCUGCUCAUUUUCACCAGACUCCAUUGUGAUUCACCUUGCUUCCCUUCUUGAUCCAAAGCAGUAAAUGUUUAUUGGAAGACUCAUCUAAAAUCCUUGUUGGCCCUAGAGUUGAAGAUAAUUGUUUUUCACCCAGAGACAAACACUUAUCAGGCUUUUCACCCAACUGAGACUUGAAAACUGACCGCAAUUGGUAGCUUGAUUUGUAUUCAAUGGUCUUGCUCUUAGAAAAGAGCUAUCCAAUCAUUUGCAUUCAUAUCUACCAGAAUAUGUGUUAUGGAGAAUUAAGUGGAGUCCUGGGUUUUUGGACAAAAUUAUUUAGAACGUAAUUAGGGCCAGAAUCAUGUGAGUCUAAACAGGGCUGAAAUCAUGCAGGUCCUUAAUCAACAACAGCUAACCUCCCCUGUUAUUGUAAUGGUGAGAGGUUAGCAUGUCUUGGGGGUAUGAUAUUUGUACGUCUAACUUUCUCACCGAUCAUUAUUCACGAUUCAUUCAGGACUAUCCGUAAUCAUGGUAGCAUCCACAUAAAUAUAAAAGUGUUUAGAAACAUUCUAUUCUUUUUUUACAAUAAAAGUGACUCCAGAAUGACACAAUACAUUAUUUACCAUUCAUUUCUGAGAAACAACCAAAACAAAUGGCAAAUGCAUCCAAGUUUGUCGAGUCACAAGCUUGAUGUAAUCAUUGUGUACUAGGAAUAUGGGACCAAAUAAUACACUUUUGACUACUUUUAAUGCAUAUAUAAGUGAAUUUGUCCCCAUACUUAUGGUCCCCUAAAAUGGGGGGACAGUGUACAAAAAGUGCUGGAAUUUCUAAACGGUUCACCCUAUAUGGAUGAAAAUACCCUCAAAUUAAAGUUGUAUCAUUUCAAAUCCAAUGUAACCAGUUACACUGUAGUUAAGCAUCCACUCACGCUUUGUCUUCCAUGUCUUUUUACACCAGGAGCGCUUCAGCUACGUGUGUCCGGACCUAGUGAAAGAAUUCAGCAAGUACGACACGGAUGGCUCCAAGUGGAUCAAGCAGUACACCGGCAUUAACAACAUCAGCAAGAAGGAGUUCACCGUCGACGUGGGCUACGAGCGCUUCCUCGGCCCUGAGAUCUUCUUCCACCCGGAGGUUAGCAGUUAGCACUUGACUAAUUAAACGGCUGCAUAUCAAGAGGUUAGCGCUAUGCUAAUUACCUAGCAUACCAUGAAUGGGAAAUGUUCUCUUCAGUGUCAUCCUACAUUAGCAUAAUGUUAGCAGAACUCUGACCCCCAGGUCUAUAGGUUAGAGUAGCUCAAAUUGAGUGGUUAGGACCAUCAUAAGUAGGGUACUACUACACUGAAGCACAUAUUACUUCAGUGUGGUCCUCUGUAGCUCAGCUGGUAGAGCACGGCGCUUGUAACGCCAAGGUAGUGGGUUCGAUCCCCGGGACCACCCAUACACACAAAAAAAAAUGUAUGCACGCAUGACUGUAAGUCGCUUUGGAUAAAAGCGUCUGCUAAAUGGCAUAUUAUUAUUAUUAUUAUUAUUAUUAUUAUUAUUACCUAUUAGCACAAACUACAGGCAGAAGAGGAGUUGUGCGGUUAAGGGCUGCAUAGGCUGGAGUGAAUGAUGGAGAAAGACAUCUUUAAAAUGGUUAAGAUGUUAUUUUAGAGUUGUGCUAUGCAGAAAUCGCUCCGCCAAUUCCUGGUUGCUAAAACUCUAAUAGCCUAAUUUCAGUUUGACAAAAUAAGCUAGUUUAGUGUAGAGAAUCAUUGUACCAUCUAAACCACUGUGAAAUAUAUUUUCCAUAACCAAAAAUAUUGUUUCAGCUGUUUGAAUCUUGUGUGCAAAACCAAAAGUAAAAGAUGCAAAAACAAAACUUAAGAACUGGAAGCAUAGAAAUAGCGCACAUAGAACAGAUCUACUGCUUCUUAGACUUACUUUCAAGUAGAAUGAUAGAUCUAUAACUCACAUUGCUAUGUGAAUUUGGUCGGGUCGGCCAAAAUGUUCCAUAUUGCCACUUUAAGAUAUUUAUCUGUGAAAGUGGGUGUGUAUGCACUUAUAAACUCUUUCUCUCACCCUCUUCUUCUCCCUUCACUCUUCCUCAAAAUCCACUAGUUUGCCAAUCCUGACUUCACCCAGCCCAUCUCCGAAGUUGUGGACGAGGUUAUCCAGAACUGCCCCAUUGAUGUCAGACGUCCUCUUUACAAGGUAAUCAUAUCCCUGAACUACAUAGAUAUUGGUUUAAAAACCACAUCCCAUUAAUCAGCACUUUGGGUUUGCCCUUUCAAUAUUGUGUGUGUGUGUGUGCUCGAGUUGAACCCUGUUUUGUGUGUUAGGGCAUGUGUUAACCAGUGUCUUAACUAGCCACACUGUGUUCUUCUCCAGAACAUUGUCUUGUCGGGCGGCUCCACCAUGUUCAGGGACUUUGGCCGGCGCCUGCAGAGGGACCUGAAGAGGACGGUGGACGCCAGGCUGAAGAUGAGCGAGGAGCUGAGCGGGGGCAAGCUCAAGGUGAGAGCAGUCCCUAGUCAUGGUGACCUUACUAGAGUUGUCUCUUUAUCCUAAUAAUUGUGGUCCCCACGAGCUGCUCCUGUUCUAAUUCGUUUUUUACUCUUAGAGUUUGUAACCGGCUACACUUUUGGUAAGAAAUGUAAGAUCUUUAUUUGUGGUGUUUGCUUUUGCCUUCUCAGCCCAAACCAAUCGAUGUGCAAGUCAUCACUCAUCAUAUGCAGAGAUAUGCAGUGUGGUUUGGAGGAUCCAUGUUAGCCUCAACUGUAAGUAUCACAAAUCUGUUGCGCCAUUCUGUGGGGAAAAGCUGUACUAAAACUACAAAUGUGGAAAUGAGUAUUAGUUGUUCUAUGGCACACAUUUCCUAUGAUAAGGAAUCCUUUAACUUGGACAUAGUAAAGCAACUUAAUGAUUUGAAAUGUCAUUCAGAAAAUGUUAUAAUUUUAUAUGCCAUCUGCAAAACUUGCCUCCCUAAAAAUGUAGUAGUGCUGAAAGGUUACUGUCAGCACCGUAGCUGAAUUUCAGUGAUUUGCAUUGUCAGCAUGAUUACUGCCAUUUAGUGCUUACUUAAGGGCAUACUAUCUUCCAGAUUCCCUGUAACUCAAUUGAAAUGAAAAAGUAAUUCAAAAUAAUUCCUUAUUUUCUUUGAAUGUAAAAGGGAAACGCCCAUAACGCACUCGGGAGCAUCCAUUGAUAAUGUUCAUUGUGAGUUUCGGGAGGUUACAACAUUGUAUUUACUCAUGAUGAGUCAACUGAUUGGCACCUUUUUAGAACAGGAACUCUGGGACUGUAGGAUGUGCCCGUGAGGCAGUGUGUCUAGUUCCAGGUGCUGGUUUUGAUAGGAACAUCUAGUAUUAAAAAACGAGUCAAAACCGCACACGAAGGUUGUUUAUGUUUUUAGCUUUUUUUGUCUUUUAUUCAAAUAUGUCAAAUGUCAACACAUUGCUUUCUCUUUUCUAGCCUGAAUUCUACCAGGUAUGCCACACCAAAAAGGACUAUGAGGAGAUUGGCCCCAGCAUCUGUCGCCACAACCCCGUGUUCGGAGUUAUGUCUUAACUGUGGCCCUCCAACAUCUAAUGGUUAGACCGGGUGGGGUCGG